AGUCAUUAAAUUGACAUAAUGAAAAUUAUUUAGAAAAUUGUCUUCAGUUCACUCCGAAUGGGAUAAAUAAUUAUUAUUAUUACUUUCACAUCUUUAUCAUGUCAUCGUAGUACAGUUUAAUUGUUUCAUCCAAGAAAAUGGACGCCAGCUGUAUUAUUCUCGGUUGCCUGAUUUUGUUACAGAUGGCUGCAAUCGCUGUCUUGCUGAACCCAAUUUACGACUUAAGAAGAAUAGACAGACAUAUGAAUAAUAUUAUGAAACGUCACAGAAGUUAUUAUCUCCUUUUAGUCGGCGUAUAUUUCAGUUUCGUUCUGUAUCUUGGUAUGUUCAUUCCAUUACUGAAUAUACACAAUUUGAUCACAAACAACUUCCUCAAUAAAUAUGAAAAAUUGGUACUUCUAAGCAGAGCCGAAAAGAAUUACUUAAUUGCUGGUUUUUCUCUUUUUCUUUUUAUAGUACUUUAUGGCGUGAGAUCUUUGAUUUCCUAUGCAGCAAAACUUUUAGAAUUAUCAAUUUCCACCAGUGAAUCAAUAGUAUUACGUAAAUCUCAUAAGUCACGGAAGAAGGGAGUGUUCUUCCCAGAGCACAUACUGCCAAAUUUAUUAAGAAUGAAAAGGUCAGUAUCGUACGAGACAAUUUUGUUUGCAAAAGAGCUCCGCGAGAAGCUGAAGGCGAUAUUAAAAAACGCUGAGCUGCCAUACAAUAGCUGUACUAUUUCAAGCGUCUUAUAUACCGAUGUAAACCAUAUAUAAGCAAGAUGAAAAGUUCCUUCAAAUAAAGUUGUUACCAUCCUUUUCCUGUUUCUCAUUCUCAAAUUCUAUUUCGUAUUUUGAAACCAUUGCCAGUAUCGUCUCGCACGUAGGAAAUACUGCCAAGUAUUUGGAAAUUCUUUGGAAUUACAAUGGGGCGCGAGGAAACGGGAAAUAUUUGAAAAGACAAGCACAUGAAAAUAAAACGCCACUACAGAAUGAAGAAUGUCAAAUCGGAAUGUAUGAGAGCGAAAAGAAGAAAAAACAAACAGCGAGGUAGUGCAAUGUGCAAAACAAAACUUGUAUGAAAGAGACGAGAAGGUUAGAUAACAGUUGUUUUAAAUAUAAUAAUAAAAUUGUUGAAUUUAAUGACCAAAUUAAUUUGCACUUGGCAAGUAGCGAUCGAAGUAUUUAUGAACAAAGCUUACAAAUUGUAUGCGUGCACGAGACGAUGGUUUGGCAAACACUCAGAACCAGUGGCGCCAGUCAGCUAUCAGGUACAAUGGACGAGCUUAAAAUAAAACUUUACUUCUUAUAGCACUAAUAACUUAUCAUAUAAUAAAGAUUUUUUUACGCA